GUGCAGAGGACAGAACAUUGCCAGCAGGGCAAAAGUCAAGAUGAAGCUCAUUGGCCUGCUUGGCGUGAUUCUCGCGGGAGCAGCCAUCGCCGCCCCUCCACAGCAGCCGCAUGAUGCUGCAAGUGCCAACGUGACCUCCGAGGCGGCCCCCACCAACGGGUCAGCCACACAGCGCGAGGGGCGUGACUUCUUUGGCAGCCAGCUGAGCUGUGCCACGACAGGGGACAUCCAAGUGGGCACGGCUAACGUGCUGUCAGCCGUGAGCAUAGAGCUGGCCCAGCAGCGCAGUCAGCUUCAGAAGGACAUCAUCAGUCGCUGCGGCGGCGGCAAAGCCGACGUCUGUGACCUGCAUCCGCUGCUGAAGGCACAGGGCGACGCCGCCAAGAGCAUCCAGUGGCUCAAGACCGACCAGGAGAGCGUCAAGGCGGCACUGUCGGAGGUCAGGUCCGUGGUGCUCAGCGGCCAGGCCUCCAUCGCCCAGGGCGUUACCGGCCUCCAGUCCAGUCAAGAGGAGCUCAAGGACGCCGUGGCCGACACCAAGACGAUGCUCACGAGCGGCCAGGGGACCAUCAUCAACGACAUCACUGAGCUAAACGCCGAGCUAGGCAGAGUCGAGAAGGCAGUCAUCCGUGGGCAGGGUGAUAUUGCAACGGGCGUCAACCGGCUGGAAACGGGUGUCGAAGAGAUCAAAACCGCCAUUGGAGGUGAAGCCAAUGGACUUCAGAGUGGUCUCAGCACGAUCGUGUCGAACAUCAGGGAACUCUCAACCGACCUGGCCGAAACCGAGAGUGCCAUUGUCGAACGGCAGUCGACAAUUACCAACAGCUUGGAUGAUAUUCAGACAAGGCAAAACGGCCUCUUGGCAGCAGUGGACAACACAAAAGAUAUGAUUGUCGAGCGCCAGAUUGGGAUUGCACAUAGUCUGGAUAGCCUUGAGGACGGCCAACAUGAUAUUUUGCACGCGAUCAAGGACACUAAGAAUAUGAUAACGGGCACUCAGGGCACCAUCGUAGGCAGUCUUCAGAGCAUCAUGAGUCGUCAGCCUGAAAUUAUCGGUACCAUAACAGCGGGAAGGAACGCUCUCGAAACCAAGAUCGAUGCUGUCGAAGGAGACAUCAACAACUUAGAAUCAGGACAGUCAGAGCUUCUGAAUGCGAUACAGAGCACAAAGGACAUGAUUGUCAGCCGUCAAGAAAGUAUUAGCAGUGACCUGAAACACCUGAAGGAAGGGCAGAGUCAGCUAGAGGAUACAAUUCACCACGCAAAAGAUACCAUCCUGGCUGCUCAUGAGCAUACAGAUCAUGAUCACGGCUCGCCUGAUGUCGCUCAUCUGGCUGCCAAGCAGCAUGAAAUACUGAACGCUAUUGAGUCCGUAAGGCACUCCAUCAAAGAAUGUCAAGAAAGCAUUGAAUCAUUGGAGCACCAGCUUGAACAUAACGAGGAUCGCCUUUUGGCCCAGCUUGACGACACGAGGCGGGACAUUUUCAGGGUGCUGCGAGAUAUCUUAGAUCGACUGGAGGAUGUCGAGGAUCGGGAGAGUGAGGGAGAUUAAUGAGCUGAUGAUUGCAUGCAAUAUUUGGUAUAGUAUUUAUAAAAAGGCGGGUUAGCAAAUAUAAUAUACACUCGGAUGUUGGUUUGCAAUAGCAAUAUGGAAGGGUGUAUAUGGUAAUGAUCGGGUGUUAGAGUGUUGGCCGUAAAAUAUGUCGCGGAUGUUAUUUUUAGAUGAAUGUGAUUUAAUUUGAAAUUACUUACAUACUUGUUAUUGUAUCAGUCAUGUUGAAGUGCGUGCAACUGUAAAGAUGUCGAUCAAGAACUAUAAAAGGUGCUAGGCAUCGUGAAUGUGUCAAGGUGUGUGAAUUAUUGACGUAAUGGCUAUGACAAAUAAACGUUAUUAAUAUGCAAG